GACAAAUAUCAACGAACCUUAGCUGAUCGUGAAAAUCUCAGAAAUCGUUUGGAGAAACAGAUUGUUGAAGCUAAACAGUUUGGUAUUCAAGGAUUCUGUAAAGAUCUUCUGGAGGUAACCGAUGUGUUUCAUAAAGCAAUUGAGAGUGUUCCGGCUGAGAAAAUAAACAAGGAAAAUUCUGAUUUUAAGAAUCUGUAUGAUGGUUUAGUAAUGACAGAAAACCAGCUAUUAACUGUUUUUCGACGGCAUGGUUUGAUGCAGAUUACACCACAAAUUGGAGAUAAAUUUGAUCCCUCUGUACAGGAGGCUAUGUUUGAACUUUCACUGCCUGAUAAAGAACCAGGUACUGUGGCACACAUCAUUCGAAGUGGAUGGUCGCUUCAUUCCCGAUGUAUUCGUUCAGCUCAGGUUGGGGUAGUUCAAGAAUAGUGUCUGGGUAUUAAAUUGGAUUAUAAGGGUGAUGUAAAGAAUUUUAAAUGUAGAUGUAAAACAUUUGUGAAGGGCAUUUCCUUUUAGGAAAAUCAAUGUGGAUUAAAUAAUUGUAACUAUUAGACAUGACUAUACAGGAAUAUAUACAAUACAGUUGCUCUUAAAUAUUUGCUGAGUUUCUUAUUUUGAGGUUUUUUCAUUAUCCAACAUUUUUAAUGAUGGGUAACAUGCAAACAGAUCAGAUUAUAAUCUGGUGUUCCUAGAGGUACGUCUUGAUUAUCAGAUUUGGUUCACAACCCCUAAAUUGAAAGCUAACAGGCUUUCAUUCAAAUUGUGCUCAAUGACAUUCCCAUGACCAAAUAUCUCAUUCGGUCAUUCUUUCUGAUGAAUGUCAGUAUUAGCCAAAAUAAUGAUUUAUUACACUGAUAUCUAAAACAAAAUCAAUCCAGAUCUAAAACAAAAUUUAUUCCGAUGUGAAUAUGUAUUCGUGAGAUCUCUAGGAACAAGGAGCUUAACAUACCUCCAUUCCCACCCUGAAUUUGUAGGGAUGAUGUACAUUUUAUGAUUGUAAUGUAUGUGCUAAAAUGUUUUAAAAUAUUUUGGUAGCUUGUUCCAUCUUAAAAACUGGUUACUAAUACCCAUUAAUUUAAUAAUUAUUAUAAUCAAGAUUGGUUGCAAUCAUUUUGUUGGAUAAUACCUACUGAUUGAAUGAUUACUAUAGUCUAAGACUUUGUUGAUUGUUAAUUAAAGAAAGAAGAAGCACUGAUGUAAGAACUUGUUACCUUCAUUGAUUGAGCCAAGCAGAAAUAUAGCAGUUAUAAUAAAGGUCUUUAUAGUAAA